AUGCUUAUCUACAUCAACAAUAUUAUAAUUUACAGCCAUAAUAUUAACAAAUAUCUCCGGCACCUGGACACAGUACUUAAUAUACUAAAAAUAAAUAGAAUAAUACUAUCUCUGUCUAAAUAUUAUUUUAUCUAUCCAUUUAUUAAACUACUCAGCCAUUAUAUAUCAUGUCUCAGUAUUACUAUGACAGAUGACAAAGUCACUGCUAUACACCAUAUAUAUUUUCUAACCACUGUCAGAGAAUUAGAAACUAAUAUUAUAUUUUUUAACUACUAUCAGUGCUUUGUUGAUGUUAGAGCGGAGCCGCCGGUUCGCUGCGACCCGGCGGGUCACGUGAGUAACACACGGUCGCGGAUCACGUGGAUCUGGUGA